UCUGUGGUUAUAUAUGGCAGAAAAUAAAAGUAAGGUUAUAACCUUAAAAUUUAUCUUAAAAAACAUGGAAAUAUGGAAAUUCCAAAUGAAGACACUGGUUUGAACACCCGAGAUGCCUUAAAUAAACUUUAUGUUGAAAUCGACAGUGUUCUGCAACAGUACAAACAUUCCCAGAAGUCCAGAAAAUCAAAGUCUUGGGUAAAAGAUGCUUUAUCCUAUAAGAGCCGGCACACAACCAUUAACAUUGUGUCAGUUUGCUUUGGAGUUUGGGCAGCAUUAUCUCUCCUUAUUGGUUAUCUGUUGGAGGGUGAUAAUGUAGCUGGUUACGAGGCACUGCCAAUUCUAACGUUAAUAGUUAUAAACGUUGCUUUGGAAUUAUACGAUAAUAGACUAAGGCAUAACGAGAUUCCUAACAGAGUUCGAUCAGUGUUAAAUAAGUUGAAGAAGGAAAUAAAUGGUAUUUACUGGACUGGCGAUAACUACCCCAAUUUGUGUUCACCGCUGUCGCCUUGUAUCACCUUACAGUGGACGUACAGAGAUAAUAAGUUAGUCAAUUUACCAUGGGCUUUGCUCGUCAAGGACGAUAUUAUCUUGAUGAGACCAGGUCAAAUCAGUCCUGGGUACUGCGAGGCUAUCGAGAAACACUCGGAAUGCCCCUUGUUACAUGCCAAAGAAGUCUACUCCCCGUCUAUCCAGAACGCUAAUGAAAUUUUUAGCGCUCCCAAGUCUCGGAAACCGUUAGAACCGAAGAAAUAUCGCCUGUUAGAAACGCCUUACUUGAAUAACUUAAAAGUCUUUUUAGAACAGGCUCUCGACAAGCCCAUAACCCAGCUGAACCAGCAGAGGCAUUUAGUUACGAUAAAGGUUAUAGAAAGGGUCCUUCUACCCAUUACGUUUAUUUUAGUGUUGUUAGUCAAUUUGUUUAGGUAUUUUUAUUUUCACAAAUACCUAGGGAGGUAUUUGGUUUCGAAUACUUUAUUUAUCGUUCCCAGUAAUGUGAUUCUGCCGCUCUUGCCGUUGGUCUUCCCGUUGGUGUGGAAUGUUGCGAACUACGUAGGAAUGGCAAGGUUUAAGACGAUUUUUGACGUUACUGUGGUGUUUGAAACAAACUCGAAUCCUUUGGAGGAAGACGCAGAUAAUAAUAUAGUGGAUCAUAGGGAGCUUAAAAUCAGUCGAAGAGAACUUUGUGCGAACUUUAAAGCGAUUAUUAAAGGAAAACCGGAAAUUUUGACUAGAUCUUCUAACAUUUUACAUGUGCUUGGAUCGGUCACGGCUUUGGGAUGUAUCGAUAAAAAGGGCAUUCUUUCAUGGCCAAAUCCGACUGCAGAAAAAGUAUUUUUCCUACACAACAAUAUGGAAGAUUCUCCCUCCUCCAGUUUGGGCAACGUAAACGACCUCUCAAACGACGCGGACAGCUCGGCACCGCCGAACUACAGCUUCCAUCCCGACAGCCCAAUUAGCGCCACCGCCGAAGUUCUAGAUCUCACGCCCAAUCACAACCAUCCCUUUGAGCUGCAUUUCGACGACCACGACUGGCAAAAGUAUCUUCCGUCUUUGAAGCCUUUGGGUCUGGCUAUCUUGUUGAACACGUGUAACUACGACACCCAGGAAUGCUAUACGGCUUUUUGUUCCCACAUCACUUGCGAGGCGAUCUACAACGAGAAUCUAGUGCCCGUGACCAACAGGAGGUGUCUCUGCGAAUUGGCAAAGGAGAUAGGGUUCAUGGAUCAGGCGCAGAAGAUAUUUUCGUUGGAGGAACAGUUAUCUACUUUUAGGCAUUUGCAACCAGAAAUGGUCAGAAGAGACAAUAAAUACGCACGUUCCCUGCAACUGUCGACGAAACUGAAAUUUCCGUUCCCACACAUGUUCGCGGUUGUCGUUAAAGAAUUAUCCUCCGGUAACAUUCAGUUGCUCUCCGAGGGCACCGCCGACAUAAUCCUGGAUUCAUGCGUCGAUUAUUGGGAUGGGCACGACCUGAUGCCGCUGAUGAUAUCCGACAGGAAGAAGAUCCAAGACUUCUACCAGAGGAGCAGCCUGACGGCGUAUUGUACCGCGUUCGCCUAUAGGCCGCUUACCAAGUGCGUUAACGGCAAAUUGAGCACGGUGUACCUGGAGCUUCCCAGCGACUCCCGGCAUUUGUAUAUAAACCACAGGAGCCCCACGCCCGCCCAGUGGGACUGUAAGAGCGUAUUGGAGCCGAAGAUCAAGUCUGCGGCGCAGUUUUAUAGCACCGACUCCCUUCUGUAUAACGACUAUCCCAUCGUCGGCAACGUGUCGGAUGCCGAAAGUUGUUUUCAGAUGCAGUGCAACCAGAUUUUCAUCGGGAUGGUGACCAUGCAAUACCAAGCGAUGACGGACAUGGUUCAACUUAUAGAACAACUGGAGCGGGCGUGCAUAAGGUUCGUGCAUUUCAGUAAGGAGAACGAACUGAGGUCGAGGGUGUUCAGCGAGAAAAUGGGGCUGGAGAGCGGCUGGAACUGCCACAUUUCUCUUUUAAGUGAGAGGAACAGGCGGGAUAGCGGACAAAUGGAGUGUAACACUAGCCCCCCAGUUCAGAGGCAAAGGCGUCUGUCUCAGAGCGUGAGGAAGAUACCGAACUCGCCCACGUUCGACGACAAAUCUUACUUGCUCGAUAGCAAUCUAGAAUCGUCUCGAACGAUGAGUUUUUCCGCCCCCAGUGCGAUAAAUAUGGAACACUCUAUCGUAAAAUUCGAUACGGAAGUUGAAAAGUUCAAUAUCGCCAAGAGGUCCAGCGAACAGAGCGAGAUGGACAAUUCGUCCAGCCACGGUAGCGUUACUAUGCACGCCGACAGUACGACCCACGACUGGCAAUCCCUGAGUAACCUGACGGAAAGUACGGAGCAGAGCGCCCCCAUCAACUUUGAUAUGAGCAACAGGGCGAAACUGCCAAGAGGUAUAGAGAAAAUCAGGCCCCACAUAGAACUUAUAGACAACGUUCCUCUGCUGGUGUCGCUUUUCACCGAUUGCACACCGACCGCCAUCAGAGAAAUGCUGAUAAUCAUGCAGGAGUACAGGGAGAUAGUGUGCAUUAUGGGAUCGUCGGAGAAUUGCGAUAACGCUGGCAUUUUCAUGCAAGCCGACGCAAGUGUGUCCGUCGAGCCUCUCUACCCCCAGGUGUGUCAGAAGAAGGACGUUUACUAUAAACCUAGUAACUGCCUUGGCCCUGUCGAUAUUUCAAGGGAACUGAAUUCGAUGGCGUGUUCUCUGUCGGUCAAACGCGAGGAUCCCAUCAUGUUUUAUCAUUUGAUCAUGGAGGCGCGGCACUUUGUCGCCACCUUGUGGAGUUCGGUUCAGUUUUGGCUGUGCUGCUGCGUUUGCCUCAGCCUGAUGCAGGUGCUGGCAACCGUAUGCAUGUUGCCGGGGCUGCUAACGACCGGCCAGGUACUGUGGUUCUCUUGCGUGGCGGUGCCGCUGAUAAGCGUCGCUCUGUUGGCCAAACCGGUGGAUCAAGAGGUGAUGAAGAGACCGCAGGGGAAGAUCCAGGCCGUGGUGAACUGGGAUGGAACGAUAUUUAUAAUGUGGUGCUACGGAACCAAGUUUCUUCCUACUAUAGUCAUAGUCCUAGCGUCCUAUAUCGGAAUACUUACUAGUCAUUGCGAAGAGAGAUGUGCGAUGUUGGGCAACUGUACUUGUGCCUUUUUCUAUAAUCCGGUCGUACUGACCGACUCGGUGUCUAUGGGCGGGUGGGAGGAAAACGAGUGGACCCUGUUAACGUCCAGGCUUAUCAUAAGUUUCAUCGUUUUGUUGCAUUUUGUUAUCAUUUCAGCAGGAUUUGUUCAUAGGGAGAGUUUGAUUCGCAGGAAAUCGCCACUUAUCAAUUUAUAUUGGCUAGCAGCAAUUUCUUUAUUGAUAGUAGUACAAUCGAUUUACACAAUCGUAACGUUCAGCAUCAUUAAAGAAACGCCUGGAAAAGAAGCGAAGUUCAAGAUACCGUUAUGGGUAAUAAUCUUUGCGGCGGUAUCACCGCUGACCGUUUUGCUAGUCAAUGAAUUGAUCAAAAGUCAAGAAAUCAUGGUAAACAAGAGGUUUUUGAAGCGGGCCAGACUGGACUUUGGUACGAAACUAGGGAUGAACUCACCGUUUUAGCGUCGGACGGGAGCCAAUAUAUAUACAUAUAUUUUUCUAUUAGUUUAUCAUGGACGAUUCUUAAUUUAUGAAAAUAUUUAUUUUAGAAGUACAAGACUGGACUGUUUUUAUGAAUAAAUCAGUUUUUAAACAUGGAAACGCACGGGUCGAGUUACUUAUUUCUUUAUUUAUUUAAUCAGUAGGUAUCACACGAUUUUGUAUAACAAUUAAAAUAAAAUCUUUUUAAUUCUAACGCUAAUUAAAACUUACUUAAAAAGUGAGUACAAGACUAAUGAUGAUGGUAAAAUAAAUUAUUAAAAUAUAUUCUGAUAAUACAAAGGAUCGACCUUAAAAUGAUUCAUUUUUUUUUUUGAGCAAAAAGGAAAGGAGCACGCACUUUUCUUUAAUCAAAAUAAAUAUCCUACAAUUCAAUACUGUGAUGUUAAAGUAAAAAAAAGUACAACGUAGUAAAAAGUGGGAGCGGUAGUUCGUACAAAACCCAAUAUUAAGACUCCGGUUUGUACGACGGCAUAAAGCGACCGCUCUAGAACAACCCGACGGUUUAACUGUAAAUGUGCGGUCCCAGUUGUGCGUUAGGAAGGUUCAGGAACAAUUUUAGUAGCUGGAACCGUAAAUUUAUUGUUAAUUGUCGGUCAUACAGGGCGUUCCGGGAUUCGAUGAAGAAAUUUUUUCGCGCUACAGACCGUCGGAAAUCGAAAAAAUUUCACGUUUUCUAAAACAAAUCUGAAGAUGUUUGAAGUGGAA